UGACAAGAUGGCGGACAAGAAGAAAGGAAAACUAACACAGAGCUAUUUGUAUUUGUGUUUAAUUGUGUUAGUUUUAACUGUCCAGACAAUAUACACAGAAGUGGAUACAUGUUCAUUGUCUAACUGUGUUGAGGGUAGAUGUGUGAAUGGAUCGUGCGUGUGUGACGUAGGCUGGUCUCCACCUGAAUGUAAACAUUGUACUGGCAGAAUCAGAUUACAAAAUACAGAUGGAAUAAUCUCUGAUGGUCACGGUAACUACUCUGAGGACAAUAAAUGUACGUGGUUGGUAGACACGGGGCAUGAGAACACCUCUUUGUGGUUCCAAUUCCAUCAGUUCUCCACGGAGUGUGGCUGGGACCACCUCUAUAUCUACGACGGGGACUCUGCCUUCUCUCCCUUACUGGCAGCUUUCAGUGGUUUAAUACAUAAAGAUUACACGUCCACUACUGAACUACAAGAGAUCCGAACCAGCUCAGGCAAGGCUUAUCUGUACUUCUACAGUGAUGCAGCGUACAACAUGUCAGGGUUUAAUAUUACGUACAGGACUGGUGGUUGUCCUAAGAACUGCUCAGGACGAGGGAACUGCUCAGGGGACGUCUGUAUCUGUUACUCGGGGUACCUAGGGGAGAACUGUGGAGAAAUCAUAUGUCCCAAUAACUGCUCCCUCAAUGGGGACUGUCUCAACAAUCAAUGUCAAUGUCACGCAGGAUUCACAGGUGAUGACUGCAGUUUGACAGCUGAUAAGGCCUCUUGGCGACUUAAGUACUUAGAAAAUGAUCUCCUAGCCCGUGUGUCUUCUGGGGUGGCAGUCAUCGGGGAGGAUAUAUAUUUAGUUGGCGGAUACUUCUUCAACAAGUCUCAAGAAUUCCUUGUUAAGUAUAAAACAUCAUCCAAUGAUUUAGAGGUGGUCAAUCCGGUUUCAUUAGAGAGUCCCCCUCCUCGGUACGGACACUCCAUGGUGGCCUAUCAGAACAAGCUGUACGUAUUUGGAGGAGUGGAAGGGAAUGUGACAUCAAGAGAUCUGUGGAUAUUCAAUACCACAUCACUGAGUUGGUCGGUACAGCGUUACAACAGUACAGUACCUAUACCAAUGGGAGUAGCAGGACAUACAGCUCAUAUUGUUAAGGGAGUCAUGUAUGUUCUCUUUGGUUACAGUCCAAUCUAUGGCUACCAGAAUAGAAUCCAGGAAUACAAUAUAGCAAAUGAAAGCUGGAGCGUGCCAAGGACAAGAGGAGCUCUGGUCCAGGGAGGAUAUGGCCAUUCUAGUGUUUACUACCCCGCCCUUGAUAAGAUCUAUAUCUACGGAGGAUAUCAUGCCCGCAGUACCUCUAACUAUGAUCUUACAGAUCAGCUGUACUCAUUUGAACCAGCUACAAGAACCUGGAUAAAAUUACGUCGUAACCAGCUUCCCCGUUAUCUUCACUCGGCUGUGAUUAUUGAUGGAAUGAUGAUUGUGUUCGGAGGAAACACCCAUAACGACACGUCCAUCAGUCUCGGGGCCAAGUGUUACUCACCAGAUGUUUUACAGUACGACAUCAAGUGUAACAAGUGGUCGCUGCUAAACUCUUCUGUACUAGCAUCACACGGUGCUCGUUAUGGUCACUCGGCAGUCACUGUCCAGAGGAAUGGUAGAACAGAGAUGCUGGUGUUGGGAGGGUUCAGUGGAGUCAUGGAGCCCAAUGCUCUUCUUCUGUCCCCAGGGAAUUGCUCUUAUCACAUAUCAAAAGAGGACUGUUUGAAAUCAGUACAGGGAAGGUCAUGUGUGUGGGCAGAGGGGCGAUGUCUGUCCUUGUCUGACCUUGACCCCAGUGUGGUCGGAGCUGAGGAAAAACAGUGUGACCCCACGGAAGGUGGUGAUAAGCAAUGUGGUACCUUCACGACGUGCCCCACCUGCCUGUCCACGUCCUACAACUGUGUGUGGUGUCUCAAUAACUGUACCACGAUAGACCAGUGCUCUAAUACCAAUCAGAUGCAACCUGAGUUUGCCGGUGAUCUUUCACAGUGCUCAAGUCAGGGGGAACAACCCUGCUCUGAACAACACAGAUGUCAGGGGUGUAACUCCUUCCCUGACUGUCAGUGGAGGUCUGAUGGAUGUAAACCUGUCUCCCAGGAAAAAGACAACAACAAAAAUGAGAAAAAUGUCACUGAUACAUUUGAUAACUUUGAUGACCCAGAAAAGACUCAGUGCCCUACACCUUGCUACAUGAACAAGACAUGUGAGACCUGUACAUCACAAAAAUGUAUGUGGUGCAGUAACCAACAGAAAUGUGUGGAAACCAACGCCUAUGUGGCCACAUUUAUAUACGGCCAGUGUAUGGAAUGGACCACAGACAAAUCUAAAUGUCCAGCAACUCGAUGCUCUGAUCUUCACUCUUGUAAGGAUUGUCAAUCUAACCCUAUGUGUGGGUGGUGUAAUGAUCCCAGCAACACAGGGAUUGGUCGAUGUAUGGAGGGUGGAGCCUCAGGACCUGUCAAUCAAACUGAUCACCAGCUCACUGACCUUAGCAAAUGUCCAGCCAAUCAGUGGUUUUUUAUCAACUGUCCAGAUUGUCAGUGUAAUGGACACAGCACGUGUCUGAAUGUGACGGGAGUGUGUGACAGUUGUCAGAACAUGACGGAGGGCAAGUCAUGUGAGAGAUGUGUUGAUGGUUACUAUGGUGAUGCCAGUAAUGGUGGAAGUUGUUCUGCUUGUCAAUGUAAUGGACAGGCAGACUCGUGUGACAGGAAGACUGGGGCGUGCUACUGUAGAACCAGGGGAGUCAUCGGAGACCAAUGUGAAAAGUGUGAUGAACCCCAUAAAUAUUUUGGAAAUCCUAAAACAGGAACAUGUUAUUAUAACUUGGUAACGGACUACCAAUUCACCUUUAACCUUUCCAAAUCUGAGGACAAGUCGUACACCCAGAUCAACUUCAUGAACAUCCCUUCUUCGAGUGAACGUGAUGUGGACUUUAAAGUGAACUGCUCUGGUGUAGCUUACUUAAAUAUAACAAUGAAGAAAAAAUCUCAGGGUGACAGGGAGACAAUGAUCGUCAAACAACACUCAUGUAAUUACUUCAGGGCCAAGUUUGACCAUGGGGAAUAUUCGUUUGGACCCUCAGAAAACACUACAUUCCUUGUAUAUGUUUAUGGGUUUAAAACCCCAUUCUGGCUACAGAUCUCUUUCUCACAGUUUCCCAAGAUAGAUUUGGUUCACUUCUUUGUAACAUUCUUCAGUUGUUUCCUGUCGCUGUUAAUUAUAGCUGCGGUUCUAUACAAGAUCAAACAUAAAUAUGACAUCUACCGCCGGAGACAGCGUAUGAUGGUGGAGAUGGAAGAAAUGGCAAGUCGGCCAUUUUCUUCAAUCACUGUGGAGAUAGACAGAAAGUAUGACCCAAUCGGAGCAGAGAAAAAAGAAACAGAUCUCAGAAAGCGUAAAAAGACUAAUACAAAACCCAGUCAGAUUGCGUAUGAGCCACUAAAUCACCAGAAGGCUGCAGUUAUAUCACUGAUUGUACAGCUACCAACGGGGGAUGAUGAGUGGACCCCUAAUGGGGCCUCAGGGGUAGCCAUAGCCAGUGCUCUUGUCACAGUUGGCCAUCAUCGAAAGCAAAGCUUGGAACAUGGAGGGAAGGGGGACAAAAGUAAACAUAAAAAAGUGUUGUUUCCUGGGAACCAGGAUAUGUGUGUCUAGUAUCGAGAACACUCCCCAGGGAUCCACCCUCGUGUUCACAGGAAGUGAUUAUUGUGUGUUACUGAAAAGGGGGGUUAUUGAUUAACCUUCCUUCAUGAAUCUUACAAAAAAUCAAGGUGCUAAUGAAAAUACAAAAAAAAAAAAACACAUUUGUUGCAUCUGUUUCAACAAUGCAAUGUUACUUACAAAGAAGAAUACUUACAGCUAUUGUAUAUGUGUUAUAUAUUUAAAGAUUUUAACAUUUUAUGAUUCCAAUCAGAGUCGUUGAUUUCCUUAUUUUAUUUUUGCAUUAAUUUAAGUCUGACAUGUGUUAGAAACAUGUUGUUUAUUUGUGUAUCUGAAUGAUCAUGGUUGUCUUCUAGAGUUAUGUCAAAUUCUCACUAGUCAUUGGAUCUUGAUUUUUCACAAUGCUCAUUUUUUGGUCAUGUGUUGGAAAGUAUGUUUCAGAAUUUACAAACGUUAACGGGUUUUAGGUUGCCAAAAGUGCUAUCAGCUCCUUUUACUUUUAGUCAGUCUAAACAUUGAUUGGGAAAGUCAAUAUAAACAUUGAUUUGUAAAGUGUAGCAGUUGAGUGAUUUUUGUUACCGUUAAAGUGGCAUUUGAUACGACAUCUACCUUCAGCACAUUUUUCCAUCAUCAUCAUCAUCAUCUUCCUAUCAUUGCCAAUAUCCUUUUUUUCUGUGAUAUUUUUCCCGUUUUAUUUUUUUAUUUGUAAAUACUUUCUCUAAACAUCUCCAAGUAUGAUUGUUGUAUAGUAUGUAAAUAGUAACUCACCUGUGUUAUCUGUUGUACAUAUAUGUAAUGAUUUUUGAUUUGUUGAUGGCUUUAUCACUAUUUUCACAGUUUUUUGUACAGAACUUAUAAAAACAAAUAUGAUUUUCCAAAAAAGAAACUGACUGCCUGAUUUAGACUCAAAGUACAGGGCUCUCGAUUCUCUAUAUUUGGGGCCAUUCAAAGGCCCCAUUCCCAAUUCAAAAAAGACACCUUUUUUCCCAAUUGAUUGUGUUAAUUUUCUCAAUCUGUCACUUCCCCAAAUAUUAAACAACAUUUAGAAAGAUAUAUAGUUACUAAACUUGUAAUUCAUAUUUCUCUGCUUUACAAAACAGAAAUUAAGUUGAUAACAACCACCAGAAACUCAAUAUAUUAUGAAUUUAAUGUGUAAUGUCUAGUUAUGAUUUUCCCAAAAUUACCCAAAAGGUCGCUAAUUUUCCCAAUUUUUAUGGCCCCGGCCCCAGUCCCAAAAAGUGGUGUGAGAGCCCUGAAGUAACAAAAUGUAAUAAUGAUACAUAUUAAUGUUUGUUCUUUAUGUAUAUAUAGUUGUUGGGAGAUGCUUGAUUCAUAUUCAUUCAUUCUUGUGCACAAUUUUUCAUGAACAGUCAUUGAUUUUACAGCAGUCAGCAAAAUAUCACAAUCUACUGUUUGUCAGAAAGCCAGAUCUACCAAAGUCAUGUACAAAAUUCAUUAUAAUCAAAUAUUGUAUAUACUGAUAAUUUAUUGAUCUUAUUACACUUAAAAUUGAUGUAUGUUUGUGUAUGCGUGUCAGAGAGAGAGAGACAGAGAAGGGAAGAGAGAGAAAGAGAGAUGUACUGCAAGUUGGAAUGGUGAGUGAUAUGAAAAUCAUGUGUUUACAUAUCUAUAUUGUGAUAAUUGAUGUGAUUUUGUUUGUCUUUUUUCAGUGAAUUUUAUGUGCAUUCCACACAUGAAAUAUCCACCUAUGUUUGAUGUUGAGAAUAUGCAUUAUUAUAUUUGAAAACAAAACUUUUCAAUUUAUUAAUUUAAUCAAAUAUAUAUUGAAACAGACUGGCAAGCAUUUGUAAAAUAAUGUUAGUUUUUUUUUUCUGAAAGUGUAAGUAAUUACUGUAGUCUGAACUGAAAAUAUUACCAGGUAUAUAAAAUUUUCAAAGGAGCUUACUUUUUAGAAUUUAUUUUAAAUGGUCCUUACAAAUUUAGUAUAUUUUAUGUAGAUUUUGAUCUAAUUACAUUAUAUAAUUCUACAUAUGUGCUCACAAUGAGUUCAUAUUUUGAUGGCAUAAUUAUGUUUUUGUUGUGUGUGUGUUUACUAAAACUUUUCUGUUGUAUCAGGGGCCCUAUUUUAAGGUUCAGCAUGAGAUUUUUUUCACAAUGUAAAUUUUCUGCAGAUUUAUAUUGUAAGAUUGUCAUUUUGUGAAAUUGUUAGACAUUAAUGUCCAACUCCAGUUUCUCUCUAUUUCUGUCUGAUUCUGUAAAUGCAGUUAAUUUAGAAAGUAAUCCAAAGUAAUAUAAAGUAUUAUUUACGUUUGAAUUAAAAAUUAUUUUAUUUUCUGAUCAUUUUUUACAAAGAAAUUUUGUUUAAAAACAAUGCCUCAUGGUGUAACAUGAGAGAUGAUCUUUAAGCUUUUACCAAUAUAUAACUGGAUGAAUGUCAGAGAGAGAGUUAUAUGUGUGUCCUUUGUUUUUCUGAGUGUUGUAGUUGAUCACGUUUGAGUACACAUGUAGUCUAUGGAAUGGUGGAAAUAAACAGAAAACAGCUGA